AUCAUUAGUCCAACAUUUAAAAAAAAAUCUUAGGAAUAGUAACCCAUUUCUUAAGUUUAAGAUAAUAUACCCUCUUCUCUUUCACUCCUUUUGGCUCUGUCCAUUGGAAUGGAAUCUCAGAGCUUACUUUUUCAGGUGAAAUCACCAUCUUCUUUAAGCUGCUGUAUUAAAAAUGAGCAACCCAAGAAGGUUAGAGAAGAGAACUUGCGAAAUAGAUUUCGGUCACUAACAGCGAAAAGGAUGAUGCCAAGGAGGCUGCUUUUGCAGUUUAUGGGGUUCAGCCCUCUCAUAGCCAUAGCACAACCCGAUUUUGCAGCAACAGGACCAAUGCUUGAAAUGAAGGAACCCGAAGUCAUUCGUUCUCAUUUGGGAUCUUUUGUUUCGGUAUUUGAAGUGUCCAGGACCUUAAAGCUUCCCAAUGGUGUGAGGUUUCAAGAGAUACUUGAAGGGGAAGGACCGAAAGCCAGUGAAGGUAAUCGAGUUGAAAUAAAUUAUGUUUGUAGACGAUCGAACGGUUACUUUGUUCAUAGCACUGUGGAUCAAUUCAGUGGAGAAAGUUCACCUGUUAUUCUUCCUUUAGAUGAGAAUGAGAUUAUAAAGGGUUUGAAGGAUGUGAUUGUUGGGAUGAGGGUUGGAGGAAAGAGAAGAGCAUUGAUACCUCCUUCAGUUGGAUACAUAAAUGAAAACUUACAGCCAAUACCUCAAGAGUUCGGUCCUCGACGCAGCCUCAUGUCUCACAUGAAUGAGCCUUUGAUCUUUGAAGUGCAGCUGUUGAAACUACUUUGAGUUUGUGCAUUAUUUCAUCUUUGUUAUCAUGAAAAAACCUUCUCUAUAUAUGUUGGUGUCUUUAUUCACUAUAUAGUAAACAAUUUCUUGAAACAUUUAUUUGAUUCAUAUGAAAGUGAUAUGUAAUUAUGUUCUUAUGUAUAAAAGUUAUAUUUUGCAAA